UACUCAGGAUCAUCGCAAGCUCCUUUCCGAAUCAACCCUUCAUUUUUCUCUUGAAAUAUAUCAUUUUCCCUUAUAGGAGAACUUUCUUUGUCAUCAGCUAGAAUUCUUACAUUUCAUCAGUCAGAAGAAGAAGAAAUCUACACCUCAAGCGUGAAAGCAGUCCAAGAAAGGCACAGAGAUAAACAUCAUAUAUAAGGUUAAAUCUCUAAGAUAAGUACAAUUACUCCCUAUUUUAUUUGACCAAAGAAUCAAGAAAAACACCGUCAAACUUCAAUUCUUGUCGAUAUCCCGGACCACCGACUUCCCUGGUCAGAAAGACUAGUGCAAGAAACUUUUCUAACGAGAUUGGGUCAAAUCUCCCACCAAGCAUAUUUGAAGAACGUCUAUAUAUAGGUCAUAAGACAAAGCAAUUACCACAACCCAGAAACCCUCUAAUCAGUCCCACAAUGAACCAAGAACUCUUCACAAAUCUACCAGCAGAGCUCAUCAUCAACAUUCUCUCAAGACUUCCCAUUCGAACCAUUAUAAGUUGCAAGUGUGUUUGCAAGUCAUGGCUGAACCUGCUUGACACUCCCGAGUUUGCAAGAUCCCAUCUUUCCAGAUCAGUCCCCGGACUAAUUCUCUGGCAAAGGCAUAGGGACCUGGAUUCGGAGCACUUCGAAAUAUUUGAAUUUGAAGAUGAACUCGAUCUUGAACGCCACGACCUUCACUACAAUCCAGUCACCAAAAUCAGCUGCAGGGAAUUCAUUAAUGAAGAUCAUCCUGGUUUAGGAAUACAGGGUUCUGCUGAUGGUUUGGUUUGCUUCCGGAAACUAGGCCGACAUCCUGAGACUGUUUACGUUUGCAAUCCAAUCACUCGUGAUUAUAUCCAGCUUCCAACUCCUGGAACUAUCUGGUACUACCCCACAACAGUCACUUAUGGAUUUGGGGCCAGCAAAACCAGCGGCCAACACAAGGUUGUCAGGAUUUACCAUGAAUGUAGACGUGACACCGACACACAUAAAUUGCUGGGAAUUCCCAAGUCCGAGUGUUGGGUUUACACUCUUGGAACAGGAUCAUGGAGGAGAAUUGCUCCAGGUCCGAAGUUGGAGUACAACUGUCGUUCCACUGGGGCUUUUCUGAAUGGAAAUCUUCACUGGUUGGUGGCAGAUUUAGAGGGCUUUGCACGGAUAUCUUGUCUUGAUCUUGAGACAGAAGUUUUUAGUACCUUUUCUGCUCCUAGUCUCCCGGAAAGGAGCCGAUUUCUUGGGGGGCUUACGGUUUUGGGGGAUUGUCUGUGUAUGUGCGACAACACGUCUGAUGAUGAAAUCGUGAUCUGGUUGAUGAAGGAAUACGGGGUGGAGAAAUCUUGGACGAAAGAAUUCGUGAUCAGCAAAGUCCCAGAUUACGCAGGGGAAUCUUACGAGGUGGUUUACCCUAUCAAAAUCUUCAGAGAUGGAGACAUUUUGAUGGCGUGGGAGGAUUUUCACCUGUUCCACCACUCCAUCAAGAACAGGACUACUGCAAGUGUUGAUAUAGCGGCGCUGCAGACCGCAGGUUGUAUCGGCGCAAUGCUUCAUAACCCAACCUUUCUUUCACUCAAGAGUUUCGCAACGGAGAACGUAUGUUCAUUCUGAUUUUCUGGCUAUCAGGCGACACACACCCACGCAGAGAGAGAGAGGGGGUUGGAUCAACAAUCAAGAUCCAACCCAAGAAAUCAGGGUUAGGCCCAACGGGUCUCCUAGCAAAAUCAGGUUUGGAUGGAGCUACAAUUGAACAGUACUGGAUAUUACACGUAUAUGGGCCUCGUCUUCAACUCUGUUUUACGUUGUAUCGAUGUAACUUUUAUUUAGGAAUAUUACCAAAAACGAAAGGAAAAAGAAAAUAGGCCUCUAGUGUUGCAUCGUGAUCCAGUAUAUUUCCGAUUUUCAAAUAAGUUUUGAAUUCAUUUAAUCAAUUUUAAAACUUUUA